AGCAGAUAUUGAGCGCUAGUUGCCAUGGGAUUCAAAGUCAAUGGCAUUUUGAAAUGUGCUUUUUCCAAGCUUUCUAAAGUAGCAGAAAAAUCUUAACAAUGCGUGAGCUUGUAAAAUGGCAGUCAAAGUUCUACCUUGAAAACAAGUGUACUAAUGACUUGCAAAUUCAAACUGUGCUCUUGUGAACUUCGAUUGUACUGAUAUAUCUUCGCGGUAUGGAGCAGUAUACUAUUCUUGGACGUAUCGGUGAAGGUGCUCAUGGGAUUGUUUUGAAAGCUAAGCACAUAGAGAGUGGAGAACUCGUUGCCUUAAAAAAGGUCCCUUUACGUAAACUUGCAGACGGAAUUCCAAACACAGCUCUACGAGAGAUAAAAGCUUUACAGUUCAUUGAAUUUAGCCCUUAUGUUGUUCAUUUGAGAGAAGUCUUUCCUCAUGGUACUGGUUUUGUUCUUGUCUUUGAGUACAUGGUUACGGAUCUUAGUGAAGUUAUAAGGAAUUCACAACCUCCUCUUACUGAAGCACAGGCAAAAUGUUAUAUGUUAAUGAUAUUGAGGGGAGUCGAAGUAAUGCAUGCCAAUGGUAUAAUGCACAGGGACCUUAAGCCUGCCAACUUACUUAUUAGUUCUACAGGUAUCCUAAAAAUUGCAGAUUUUGGUCUUGCAAGAGUUUUUGAAAACAGCAGUGAGCGUCUGUACAGUCAUCAAGUGGCUACAAGAUGGUAUCGAGCUCCUGAGCUUUUAUAUGGAGCCAAGAAAUACACAAAUAGCGUUGAUUUAUGGGCUAUUGGAUGUAUCUUUGGUGAACUACUUAAUAAUUCUCCAUUGUUUCCAGGCGAAAAUGAUAUUGAGCAACUAUGGUUUGUUGUCCGUGUGCUGGGUACUCCAAGUGAAGAUGUAUGGCCUGAAAUAAAAGAACUACCUGAUUACAACAAGAUAAGUUUCAAUGUGUGUGAAACUAUUCCAUUUGAAGAUGUUCUCCCAAAUGCACCACUUGAAGCGAUUGAUCUUGUUCGUAAGUUUUUGGUUUAUCCACCACACCAAAGAAUCACAGUAUCUGACGCAAUAAAACAUCCUUAUUUCACCACAGAUCCACUCCCAGCUCAACACUCAGAACUUCCUGUGAUUACUCCAAAUCGCAAUACUUUGCCACACCCACAAGAAACUUAUGAAGUUUGCCUUACAACGCCUUUGAAAUCAAUUCUUGUUGAUCACCAUUUGCUCAAGGAAGGUGUCAGAUUACUUGAUAAUGCAUCCGAGAUCCAUUCAAAUAAUUCAACACAUCUUCACAGCAAAUCACCAAACCAGAUAGCCGUUCCAUUGUAAUGAUAAAGCGAAUGAGUUGGUCAUUCUGUUAUGGUUCUGAGACGGUGUAUAUUUAUGCCAGUGGUUGUCAUCCUCAGAAGCAAUAAUACACUUGUGUCACUUUAUAUGGACUUUCUUCGUUUCUAAUAUCCUACUUCUUUCGUAAAUAAUUAUCAGGAGGACUAACUUUAACUGAAAUGUCAUUAGAAUAUAUUAAAGGUGUGUAAAAAUACAUAUCAUUUUUUGUAAUUUUCCACUUAUCAUAUUCCAACUAUGUUUUAUUCAAACUAUAUUAUGCAGUGAUGCUAAUUUUAAAUCCAUCUUUCAUAAAGUAGUAGGAAAUGCCAAUCAAGGAAAACAUUUUUCGGACCAGGUCGUCAUAUGAGUUUGUGUAUUUGUAUCUCUGCAAAUGAUUAAAAUUGGUUUCGGUUUAAAAUGCACUGGAAUCACUCAUAUUCUCAAUCGUAGCAAAUAUCUUAAUGUGGCUUUAAUUAAUCAUAGCCCAAAGUUAUAGUGGAAAUGUGCGGAUGAUAUUUUCACUGUGUUUAAAACAGAGCAUACAUAAAAUUUCACUGGUAGGAGGAAUUAGGCUUACGUUUCAGUUAGAAAAUGAACAAGGAGAAUUAGUUGUGUUAUAUUUUAGAAUAAAAUGAACAGGAGAAGGUAAACUGUGGACUAGUGUUUAUAUAAAGCCAAACUACUCAUCCGUUGUCUGUAGAGGAAGGCUUAGUUAAGUGUCUAAUAAAUCGAACGAAAACUGUAAGUAGUUCACCAAAAUGAGACUAAUGGAAGAGGGACUGAUGCUAAAUAAACAUCCCAUAAAAUUCAUUAAGAAGAUAAGGUUAGUUUACAAUAAAAGAAAAAAUAUUGGUGAGACUGCUAGCCAUCUACAGCCUUGCUGUAUAAGGAAGGGACAUCUGAAACCCUAAGGAUGGUUCUUAAUAAAGGAGUCAGGGUGGUAUUUACACCUACAAACUGACUCAGUGAUUGGCCUCAGGGAGACGAGAAGUUUAGAGAAAAACUCAGCAGUCACAAUGCAUGUACUAACACACAACCACACAAUAAGGUGGGACAGAGCUACAGUUCGAAAAGGUAAUUUGGGUAUGUGGAGAGAUAUGUUGAUUACUGAAUCUUUGUUCAUAGAAUUCAUAUCUAACAAAUGCAAUAGGGAUAACGCAAAGCUAAUGCUAGAGAUAUGGAAAAUAUUACCACCGACAGAAUCAAAAGAGAAGAAAUCGAGGAGUUAUAUAGACAACAUUUGGAAGUUUCGAUAUAUAUAUAUAUUACAAUACACAACAACUUACCAAUAAAGUGGCGAUGCUUCAUUUUGGAAAAAUGAAGAGUAAUUAAGUAAUAAGUGAGUGCUCAAGUUGAUUAUGUAACAGAUUAUUAAAGAAAAAACGAUUUAGAAAUGAUAACACGUGAUUAAAGAUGAAGUAGUCAGGAAAAUAAUUUGGACAAUUAUAAUUUUUAAAAGGUUAAGGGGGAGGGUGAAGUAGACCGGUUUAUGCAUUUAUGUAACGAUGGCCAAGGUAAGGAAAGUGGAUGUACAAAUUUCUUCUGAAUACACAAGUCCAGCUUCUUCAGAUGGAUUUCUUUGGUUUCAGCUGUAUGUAGAAGACGAACUCGUAAAGCAAAAUUAAGGCUAGUAGGAAUGCGAUAAAUAAUUUUAAAUGCUGUAUUAACAUCAACUUUAUGCUCAUCAUCUACAGGGUGUGCUAAAACAGAGCUACGAAUAGAUCUUGUUUGUCCCUUGCUUAUCCAUGCAGGAUGGUGUUCAAAAUUACGAUACUGAGACUUCCUAAUUAAAUGCAUAAUGUAACCAGCUUCACAAGGGCAGUUAGACUGGUAGAUACACAUAGAGGAGGCAAAAUUAGGUAGUUUGUCCUUAUUUCUCGAACGUAAAAUAGGAAUGGUAGUGAAGAGACAAUUUACCUCUGCUGCAUCGAAAGCUCUUUUAACUGCAUUCUUCAGGCGUUGUGUUACUAUUUCAUUGCUGUUUUCACUGAGGAACUACAGUUUUAUGAACAUUGGCUUUUUUGGAGCUGUUUCCACGCUGACUCUCCUUGGCGCCAAAUUCAUAUUUUCUCAAUGAACUUAUCUGGAUAACCCUUUUUAUUAAGUAAUUCUCUAAUAAUCUCAAGCUCCUCAUUCAGGGAGUCUUUUGAACAGUUUAUCCUAGCUGUAUGAAACAGAUACUUUGCCGAGUUACGUUUAUGUUCCAAAGAUACAAAAAUCAAAGAAUGAGUGAACUGACCUGUUGUUGUAGGUCUCCUUAGUGUGCCGUCUUCUUUCGUGGCCAGAAAGACGCCUAGGAAUGAGAUACUGUCAUUAC